AGAUAAAAAAAAAUGUUUUUACAACAAGACGCAACGGAACUGCACGGUGAUUACGCCAAAAGUAAAAUGAAUAUAAAUAGGAAGCUACAAACCGAAUACUUACUAAACAACAUAAUUGAUAAAGAGUUCCAAUCCAUGCUGUUGCCUUUAGGCAUAGUCCCGCAUUUCUUCUUAAUGUCUCAUUUUAAGAUCAUUAAUAAUUUCAUCACUCCCGAAAACCCUGCGUCGUCAUAUAUCAAAUCUUUAGUCGGUUCUUGUAUUCUCGUGUUGGGUCACUUGUUUCGUUUGUAUCGUUAUUCCGACGCUAUUAAAAGUUCAGGCAGUGCUAUUGCUAAUUAUGUUCUUUAUUUCGAUUUUAUUUUUUUUUCUUUAAUAUCAAUUAUGACCCAUUUUAACAGUUCAGCACAGAGAAAUAACGUCGUUGAGCUUAUUAUUAAAAUGCAACAUGUGCUCAAUUCUAUUAAAAUUAAUAAAGUGGAAUUCCUUUCCAAACAGAAGAACCAAAAUUGGCACAGUUUAUUUAUGGUUUUCAGUUUCUACGUUUUUCAUUCCAUUUUUGCUAGUCAAUAUUAUGGAUUUCUUGAGUUUUUGGUUAAUUUCACAAUAGCGUUACCGAUGCUGAUUUUUGACAACCACAUAGUUACCGUUACUCGUAUUGUUGUGAUGAUUAAAAACGAGCUACUUGCCUGGAACUAUGUAAUGGAAAAAAAUAAUAAAGAAUACAUCGCAACUGAAGAAGAAAUUGUAAAUGUUAAUGUCCAGGAUAGCGAUAUGUUUGAUGCGUAUGAUAAUGUAAUAAAAUCAUUUAGUUUAUGCAAUAAAGUGUAUCAGUUUUUGGUAAGAUGAAGUCUAUAUCAUAA